CCCGACCAUGAUUGCCGAACCUUCACCACCCCCUGGAGCGGGUUACACACCCCCAGAUACGCCAGCAAAUGCACCUUCCAACAGUCAUAAGAAACGCAAAAGAGGAGCGCCGCCUCCUCCGCCGCCCCAGGCGCCUGGCACCCCGGGAACGCCAGAGGAAACGGACGUCAUCUCAAUCAAGUCUGACCUCUCGGGUCGUCCGAGAUUGGAAUAUGCUCGAGGGCCCACUUUCGUGCCCAUACCAGAUUCUGACCUCUACCGAACCGAGUUCAUACCAAUGAACCACAUUGGAUUCAGGUAUACCCCCGCAGGUAUCCAUCCCACGAAUCACUUACUACCACUGCGCACCAUCGCCUAUCGGCCGCCCAUUUUCCGCGCCGCAUUUGAGGACCGUAGCCCAUAUAUUGGCAUCUCGCAGGAUGGUCUGGUGCUUGAGGGCUUUGGCGGCUUCCGCACGGCACGCUGCACGGCGCCUAUGCGAGAGGGAAAGUGGUAUAUGGAGGUCGAAGUCAUACGUGGCGGCGGCGAUAAUGGGGCGCAUGUUCGCCUUGGGUGGUCACGCCGGGAGACGCUCCUGAACGGGCCAAUCGGUCUAGACGGCUACAGCUACGCCUACCGCGACAAAACGGGCGACAAAGUCACGGUGGCACGCCCGCGUCCGUAUGGCAAGCCGUUUAAAACGGGGGAUAUCAUCGGCAUGUACAUCUCGCUGCCGCCUCGUCGACCCGCAGAUCCCAACGACGAGCACGACCCAGCGCACCUGAAGCGCGUGCGCAUCCCCAUCGACUACAAAGGUCAGGAGGUUUUCGAGGCGCUCGAGUACAAACCCAGCCCGGAGAUGUCCGCGCUCAUGGAUCCGUUCGCGGCUGCCAAAGCCGCCGCUGCGUCGAAGCCGACCAAACAGGCUAACGAGCGCGCACCCGACAAACGUGCAGGGCGUGCUCCGGGUGGUUCGCGUGUGCCCGGACCACCGCCUAUGCGACCUUUGCCUCGCCUGCAUGGCGCGCAUAUCGCGUUUUUCGUCAACGGGGAGAGUCAGGGCGUUGCCUUUGAGGAUAUAUACGACUUCCUCCCGCUACGCGCUGCUGCAAGCGAGCGGCGCGGCCCCCGGCGGCGCCCACCACGCGAAGGGCAGAAAGAGCACCGCCUGAACGCGCACGACGACGGCACACUUGGCUACUAUGCCAGUGUCUCACUCUACGGCCCUGCACGCGUGCGCCUCAACCCUGGCCCCGACUUCAAGUACCCGCCACCCGACGACGUCGACACGCUGCUCUUCACGCGCCACGCGCCCCUCGUCGCGGCGCCGAACGCGGGCCGCGCGUGGCGCCCCGCGAGCGAGCGGUACGACGAGUUCAUGGCCGAGCAGCGCGCGCUGGACAAGCAGGAGGAGAUCGAGGGCGCGGCCGCGCUGGCGGAGUUCCAGAAGGAGGCGGCGCGGGAGGCGGCGGCGGCGGAGAAGAAGCGCGCGAGGCGGGAAGCGGAUGCGGCGAGGAGGCGUGCGCAGAAGGUGGCGCAGCAGGCGCGCGCGUCGACCAGCGUGCAGCCGAGCCCGCUGCGCCAUGCGACGGCGUACCCUGAGGGUGACCAGGAUGCGACGCCGACGGUCGCGGGGAUAGCUCCGAAGCGCGUGCGGAUGGAGGACAUCUUGGACGACCCGUCGCCAUUUGUGAGGAAGCCCUCGCAAAGUCAGUCUCCGGACAUCGGGUUUGCCCAGCAUACCACGGAGCUGGCCGUUCCAACGCCCAAGAUCGCCGAGAGCGCGUACGCAGCGAUCAUGAGCCAUCCUCGGGAGGUGCCCUACGAGCGGCAGACCUCCUACCAAGCGCCCGACACCCAUCAGCAUUCGUCUCGCGAUAUACAGACGCAGGACGUGGACAUGCAGGAGGUCGAGGAUGAGCUUCGCGGCGGCACACCUGGCUCUGCUAUUCAGAGUACACCCGGAUCACCCAUGCAGUCGCAAGGAACGCCGGGAUCCCCUCUUCAGAGCACGCCAGCGUCGCCAUCUCAGAGCGCAGUGGCUUCGCCAACGCCGUUCGACCACGCUCAGAAUGAAGACGGCCAGGCUACCGACCAUGAGGGCCAUGCCACCGACCACGAAGGUCACGCUACUGACUACGAUGACCACGUUACUGACCACGAAGGUCAUGCCACGGAGGAUGACAUGCCAGACGAGUACAACUUCCAGAUCGAGCGCGAUGGCGAGGAUGUGGACGAGGAAGAAUUCGAGGACGCAUUCGAAGAAGCUGCUGGGGACGGCGCGGAAGGAGACUACGAGACUGACGAGGGAGACGACGUCGAGGGUCAUGGCUAUCGGGAAGAGCAGACUGCGACACCCGAGGGAUACAGCUCUGACUCUGGGCAGUCUGACGCUUGACGCAUGGGAGUUGUCCAGAGACAGUAGCAGUGCGCUGUCAUGACAGGCUUUGGAAAGUCCAUCGCCUUGAUUGGUGGCUAUGGGUCUCGUUUCUUGUGCUCAACGUACGGCUGGUAUAGCCUCGUCCAUCAUGAGCAGCGCGGACGUAAGUAAAUCGUGAGAAUAAUUCGGUAUAUGCCGAAAAACACCCAAAAAGGCAGGUCUUGAGUUGAACAUCGA